AUGUUACAUGGAUGGCGAUUGCCUCGAGUUCAUCAGGAACGGCGAGUCUGUGUGAAGCUUGUUCUCGCAUCUUCACCGGAGAAACGGAAGGCUGCAACACCUUCCGACCUCUGGCGCGCCGAUGUCUCCACCGCCUGUCGACUCGAUUCGGGCCCUGGCCAAAUAUCCAAUUAUGCCAAGGUGGCAUACUGUCCUUUGGAGUCGGUUGCGCGCUGCUCUAUUGAAGAGUCUCCUCACUUUGCAACGCUUUAUGCCCUGGCACCCAAGGUUUUCGAAGCCGCAUGCGAGCCAUUGUGA